AGAUUGCUUCGAUUUUUACCGUAUACAAUCUCAGAAGAUAAUUUGAAAACGACAUCAAACAUUAUAUAGUGUACCAUAACGCUUAAUUUUGUUUUGUUAUAGCCAAUAAAAAGUAAGCCUCAAAUAUUAGUAUACAAAUAAAUUGUUUAUUUAUCUCGAAAAGAACGAUAGUCAAUAUUUAUGGGAGCUGGGGUAGUGUUAUCUUGUUUGGUUGUUGGCAAUAUAAUUGGUUGGUGUCAAGUGUGAACUAGUUACCUUGCCGUCACAAGACGGUCGAAAGUCUGCGGAAAAGGAAAAUGAUGUAUUAGUCGGCACUAACAUCGAGGCGUAUUUGAGCCCUAAUUGCAAGUAAAUAGAAUAGAUUGUCCGAUGGAGCAGAAGGUGUCUUCAGUAGCGAAAAGGCUAACAUUGUCACCCAUACAACAAUUGUCUUAUCUUGCGAAAAGGUGUAAUGCUAGCAACCUUGCUGAAGGUUUCCCAGAUUUCCCUGCACCUUCCUACCUCAAAGAUGCUGCCAUUUCCGCUAUCCGCGACGACUUCAAUCAGUACAGGCAUGUUCAAGGAAUAUGUGACUACGUGGCUAAUCAAGUCAAACAAAUGCAUGCCCUUCAUAUCGAUCCUCUCACUGAUAUUGUCGUAUGCUGUGGUCAAUCUGAGGCUUUUGCUGCCGCAAUGUUUGCAAAGAUUGAUCAUGGUGAUCAAGUCAUUUUAUUCGAUCCAUCCUAUGAAACUUAUGAAACAUGCAUUAGAUUGGCUGGUGGGGUCCCAGUGUAUGUAGCACUUGAUCCCCCUCAUUGGAGUCUAGAUCCAGAUAAACUAGCAAAGUCAUUUACUGGCAGGACAAAAGCUAUUGUCCUCAACAGCCCUCAGAAUCCAACUGGAAAGGUUUUCACGAAGGAUGAGCUUGAGAUUAUUGCUGGAGCUUGCCGAACUUGGGAUAUUCUAGCUGUAACGGACCAGGUAUAUGAGCAUAUAACCUUCGAUGGGGAGAGGCACACAACAAUUGCCACAUUUCCAGGAAUGCAGAAGCGGACCAUCAUCACAUCUUCCUUAUCAAAAAGUUUCAGUGUGACCGGAUGGAGGAUUGGCUGGGCAAUUGGCCCGGCUUGCUUCGCAUCUGCAAUCAGGAACAUCCAUGUUAAAAUUACAGACUCUGCUCCUGCACCUUUCCAGGAAGCUGCCCUGACAGCUUUGAGAAGUUCCCCUGAGUACUUUGAUGCAUUGAGACAAGACUACGAAUCAAAAAGAGAUUCCUUGUCUCAGGUGCUUACAAAAAUUGCUUUCCAGGUCCCCUUCAAGCCUAAGGGUUCCUUUUUCCUAUUCAUGGAGCUUCCCCGGACAUGCACUCUUUCUGAUGUUGACUUUGUGGAGGGAUUGAUUAAACAAGCUGGGGUGGUGGCUGUACCAGGCCGUGUAUUCUUCCACACCGAUUCCUCAAAAGAGGAACUUUCUCCGACUGCUAUUAGCUACCACAGGAGGUAUAUCAGGUUUACGUUCUGCAAAAGUAAGGAAACAUUAGCUGCUGCUUCUCAGAAGUUAACCGAGCUUAUCAAUGGUUCAGGGAGACUGGACCUAUUUUAAACUGAAUUGCUUUCAUUAGCCUUUCCAAUCAACGUCAAUGAGAAGUGGAAGCUUCAAGUUGAUUGACAUGCAACAGGAAAGAUAAACAGCUGCAAUAGAAGAUCUGUUUGUUCUUGCUGUAUGAAGAGAAUGCUCCUACCCCUAUUGCUAUUGAAGCGAAUGGGGUUUUGCAAUGUGUAUUAAAAGAUAAAGUUCAUGAAAAUAAAUAAG